AUGCUGUAUGGGUAUGCGGCGCUUGCGAACUCUACAGCGGAUGCGUCGUCGGGGAAUAGUACGUGUACUUCGUCGAAUUCGUCGGCCUCGGUGGCAUCUUCUUCGGCCUCUUCGUCUUCCUCCUCGUCUUCCGCGGGGCGGGAUACAGCCAUCGGUGUUGGAGUUGGGGUCCCUCUGGGCGUCAUUGCGGGUGCUUCGCUUGUGUGGGCGUUUUGGGAGAGGAAGGAGAGGAAACGGAUGCAGAGAUCCGGUGGUAGUGUUGAUGGCAACCUGGCAAUGGAGCAGGGGUACUCUGCGCCCAUGGUGAAGACACAGCGACCGCCAGUUGAGUUGGAAGUCAAUGGUGCGAGGCAUGAGCUGGUAUCAUGA